CUGCUGUCAAUUGGACUCGCAAAGCGAACUAGGAACGUAGGAGAAAGGGAUAGCAACAGCUAGAAAGCUGCAACGCAAUUUCUUGUAAACAAACAAAAAUCGUUCGAUUACGAUUUACAACCGUUAUUACUACAAACUAAAAGUUUAAAAAACAAUAAGAUAAAAAUGUCUGCAUCACCUACUGCUCGUCAAGCCAUAUCUCAUGCGGAGCCCAUGGCGAUGACAAAGACCAAGAAGAUCGUCAUAUCAGACCCCAUCCAGAUGCCAGAGGUCUAUUCAUCUACGCCCGGUGGCACCCUCUACUCCACUACACCUGGCGGCACUAAGCUGAUCUAUGAACGUACUUUCAUGAAGAAUCUGCGUAGCUCUCCUCUGAGUCAAACUCCGCCCAGCAACAUCCCCAGCUGCCUGAUGCGCGGCACUCCUCGAACUCCCUUCCGCAAGUGUGUGCCCGUGCCCACCGACCUGGUCAAGAAAACUCAAUCGCUGAAAAUUGAGGAACAAGAACAGUUCCAACUGGACUUGUAAAUGGAGUCUACUAACCCUACUAACCCUAUUCCAAGUAACAACUGCCAAAACUCAUUAUUAGUUAACAACCUUUAGUCCCUACCUUUACCAACUAAUUAAUACUGAUAUUUAGUUUCCACUCAGCUGUUUGUCUAGAUAUACAUACAUACAUAGUUGUUUGUUGUUAUUUUUUAAGUCACAUUGACUAAAUAUUUAUAGUUCUAGUUGUUAAGAAUCAAAUGCAAUAAACAUUAAAUAAUAUAGUAACGAUUGAUUUUGAUUAUUUUAUCAGUUGUUGAACCUUGAAAGGAUUUUCAA